GGAGAAGCAAAAAUGUAGGGAGUUUCCGUUUCUUAAGAGUUUAUAUAAUGGAAGCAUUUGUGGUGAAAGAAUGGAAGUUACAAUUCAAUUGGCUUUCGGUCCUCUAUGGAGGGACUCAAGAGGACAGGUUGUUGCUUCCAUGUGAAUCUUGAGCGCUCCUUCAGGAAGUUUUCCUCAUCGACACUGUCUAAGAGUAGCACCAUAAGAUCAUGGAAAAAGCUCAGUUCAAGGAAGGACGCAGCCCAGGGUAAGGAAUCGCCAGUUGUCUGCUUUGGGGAGAUUCUAAUCGACUUCGUGCCAAAUGAAUCUGGAGUUUCAUUAGCAGAAUCAUCUGGCUUUAAGAAAGCCCCGGGUGGAGCUCCUGCUAAUGUUGCUGUUGGAAUAGCAAGAUUAGGGGGACAUUCAGCUUUUAUUGGCAAGGUGGGGGAGGAUGAAUUCGGAUACAUGCUGGCUGAUGUUCUCAAGGAAAAUAAAGUUGACAAUUCUGGCUUGUGUUUUGAUCCAAAUGCAAGGACUGCUUUGUCAUUUGUCACACUGAGACCUGAUGGUGAACGUGAAUUCAUGUUUUACCGCAAUCCUAGUGCUGAUAUGCUUCUAAGUGAAACAGAAAUUCAUGAAGCUCUAAUAAGGAAGGCAAGUAUAUUUCACUAUGGAUCAAUUAGUUUGAUUGAAGAACCUUGUAAGUCAGCUCAUCUUGCUGGCAUGGACAUUGCUAAGAAGGCUGGUUGUAUCCUCUCUUAUGACCCGAAUUUGAGAUUGGCAUUGUGGCCAUCUGCAGAAGCUGCUCGUAACAGCAUCAUGGACAUAUGGAACCAAGCCGACAUUAUUAAGGUCAGCGAGGAAGAAGUUAAAUUCUUGAUUGGAAGUGAUGAUCCAAUUGACAAUGAAGUGUUGUUGAUGAAGCUUUUCCAUUCUAAUCUUAAGCUAUUGCUUGUUACCGAAGGUUCCGCAGGAUGCCGCUAUUAUACGCAGAUGUUCCAAGGUAGAGUUCCUGGUUUUAAAGUUAAUGCAGUUGAUACAACUGGUGCUGGUGAUGCCUUUAUGGCUGGAUUUCUGAAAAAAUUGGCGGGAGAUCCAAGUCUAUACAGGCAUGAAAAGAAGUUGAAAGAUGCUCUUCUCUUUGCAAAUGCCUGCGGCGCAAUCACAGUAACGGAAAAAGGAGCCAUUCCUGCUCUACCCACAAAAGAAGCAGUACUUGAAAUUUUGUCCAGAGCCAGUACUUAAUAAAAGAUUAGAUGGUCGUCAUGCUGCUUUGGCACAAAUGUCUCUUAGCAUCAGUUGGUUCUUUUAGUCAGGAUAAAUUGGGCCAAUUUACCCUUGCCUGGAGAUUCUUCCGUGUUCAUGAAUUCGUGUGUACGCGACUCUCUUUUUUUGGUUUUUUUUGUCUAAUGUGGCUGCAUACUUUGUUCCUUGAGUCCCUAGCAGGAUCGAAGUUACAUUGAAUCCCCUUCUGAGAAAUAAA